AUGGAGAGCUUUGACGACGUCACCCUGAUUGGCACGGUCUCCGAUCCUUCCCCUUUCGAUGAACCUCCCCGUUCCAGCAAUGACGCGAAGACAAGGAAACCUUCCGCUGGGCAGUCUGCGGAAUCGAACACUCAAGCUUCGAACCCUUUGGACGCAGGCCGUGCCUCUCAAGGCAGCACUGAGAUAGCUCACGAUACCGCACUGGCUUCGGUGUUCUCACCGGAAGAAGACGAUGAAGAGCCUCACGUCGCGACGUCCUUUGAGCGAGAGUCGUCACCCGUCUUCGCGCAGAAACACCGCUCCGGGGUAGAUACAGAGGAUGAGGGAAUUAAUCGGAUACACAAGUUCACUCUUUACGAAACUGCAACUCGAUUCUACAUGGUCGGCAUCAAUCUCGCAGAGACACGGUUCCGGAUCCUCAAGAUCGAUCGCACCUCGGAGUCGGGCGAGCUGAGCAUAACGGAGGAUGACAUGAUCUAUACCAAGAGAGAGAUGGUGCAUCUCCUCGACGCCAUCGAUGAUGGAAAUAAGAGUUCUGGUGGGUUGAGAUUGAAAUGCAGUGCGUGGGCGUUGCUGGGCUUUAUCCGAUUCACGGGCGCCUACUAUAUGCUCUUGGCCACAAAGAGGAGCCAGGUGGCGAUGCUCGGCGGCCACAAUAUCUAUCAAAUCGACGGAACGGAGCUGGUCCCCUUGACCACGGCGGAAUCCGUGCGACUGAAGUCGGAAAAGCAAUCAGAAGAAGAGAGGUACAAGGCGAUCUUGAACAACCUUGACUUGACCCGGUCCUUCUACUUCAGCUAUUCCUACGAUAUUACUCGGACGCUACAACAUAACAUCUGUCGGGAACGAAAGGCACAUCAGGAUGAAGGGCGUCGGAGUCAGCAGUCCGCGGAUUACAAUACGAUGUUUAUUUGGAACAAUCAUUUGCUUGCUCCAGCCCUCGGUGCUCUCAAGAAUCCCUUUGAAUGGUGUCUUCCCGUCAUCCAUGGGUAUGUUGACCAGUCGAAGAUGAGUGUUUUUGGACGCUUGGUCUACAUUUGCGUUAUUGCUAGACGGUCUAGGUUCUUCGCAGGAGCUCGCUUUCUCAAGCGGGGUGCGAAUGAUAUGGGGUAUGUGGCAAACGACGUCGAGUCGGAGCAAAUCGUUUGUGAGCAGACCACAACGUCUUUCCAUUCUGCUGGGCCGAAAUUGUACGCGAACCCGAAUUACACUUCAUAUGUGCAACAUCGGGGCAGCAUUCCCCUGUACUGGACUCAGGAAAGUACUGGGGUGUCACCCAAGCCGGGUAUUGAGCUCAAUCUUGUCGAUCCGUUCUACUCGGCGGCCGCACUGCAUUUUGAUAAUCUUUUCGAGAGAUAUGGGACGCCAAUCUACAUUUUGAACCUCGUCAAGUCACGCGAGCGGACGCCACGGGAGUCGAAGCUCCUGAAAGAGUUCACCAACGCCGUCGACUACUUGAAUCAGUUCCUCCCCCCAGACAAGAAGCUCAUAUACAAAGCCUGGGACAUGAGUCGGGCUUCGAAAGGACGGGAUCAAGAUGAUGUUAUUGUAACGUUGGAGGGGAUCGCCGGCGAUAUAAUACCGAAGACUGGAUUCUUCAAGAAUGGCCAGGAUAUCGAGUCCGGAUUGCAGCUUCAGAACGGCGUCGCGCGAACGAAUUGUAUUGACUGUCUUGACCGUACAAAUGCGGCGCAAUUUGUCAUCGGCAAAAAAGCACUCGGCCACCAGCUUCAUGCCCUUGGUGUUAUCGAAGGCACGACUGUUGAAUACGAUACCGAUGCUGUCAACCUGUUCAACGACAUGUGGCAAGACCAUGGUGACACCAUUGCCAUCCAGUAUGGAGGCUCCCAUCUAGUCAAUACUAUGGCCACAUACCGCAAGAUCAAUCAAUGGAGUAGUCACUCGCGUGACAUGGUCGAGAGUUUCAAGCGAUACUACAACAAUUCUUUCCUUGAUGCUCAACGUCAGGAGGCGUACAACCUCUUCCUUGGCAACUACAUAUUCUCACAGGGUGCUCCCAUGCUUUGGGAUCUUUCUACCGACUACUACCUGCACCAUACUAAUCCCAAGUCCCACCUGCAGAAGAAAAAGCCACACUACAUCCAUUGGUAUACGCCAGAGAACUUGAAAGAACGAGAAGCGCCGCCUCUUCCAGUCAGUCCCAAGGAGUCACUCUCACAUUUCGAUGACUACUGGUUGGAGUACUAUCGUCCACUUGCCCUCUCCACACUCUCUAAAGUCUUCUCCUACAAGAUGAAGUCUACCAUCCCCUACUUUCCAUUUCGCCCUGGGCAAACGCCUCCCGAUUUUAGUCCAUUCGUUCGUCGCAUCUCGCCAGACCAAAUGCAGCGUCAUCAACCCCCCCAGCGGAGUGUGAAGAUCCAGGAACCUUCUGAGAGCCGCGUCCGCUACGCCCCCUCUACCCCAACUAUUCCAGAAAUUCCUAGCAACUGGUCCCAUCAGCCACCAUCCUCCUCCAAGCAAGCCCCUUCAUCCGGUAUCAUCAAAGAGCCAGCUUUUGAAUUGUACCAAGGUUCCCACAUCCCUCCGAUCAAUCCACCAACCUCUUCAUCUACCCCGAGCAAAGCACAAAUCGCUCAGUGGACACUCGGUCAGUUGGUGACCGACUCACUGAACCCCUCUGUCACCGCCAAUGAGGCGGAGGAGUAUGAGAUGUACAUCAACCACCCUCUCAAAGUUCCCCUCGUCGUCACAUCCGAAGAUGAAAUUUCAGCUGCCUCGCUCCGAGAGCACGGGCCGAGCGAGGACAUGGUUAUAUAUGCCAAUAACUGUAACGUGGAAGAAUCAGUUCUCGAAGCUAGAGCUGAGGGAAACAUUGUUGAUUACGCCGAGUUCCUGAAUGUGUCGGAGGAGGGACUAACCGUCGUGAACGAGGACUACGAGAAGAAGAGAUACAAACGAUACCGCCAAUGGCUACGGGGAAAGAGCCUGUUCAAGCAACGGGUUGACGUGUAA